UUUGCGUGUCGACGCUCGAACUCGUAGCACGUACAUCGCGUUGUGCAAACAUUUAAAUAUUUGUCCCAAAACAAAUUUUGUGAUAAAUGGCGCCAGUGUCCAAUAACGUUGUCGGGAUCGACGAUGAUCAGAGAUUUGCUUUAAUGAAGUUCCGGAGAAGUGUGAAGGAUGUAUUAAAACCAGAACACAAUGACCAUUUCUUACUAAGAUGGCUAAAAGCUAGAAACUGGAACCCAGAAGCCGCUGAAAAGAUGCUACGAGAUUCAAUGAAAUGGCGAGAGAAGUGGGGAGUGGAUACGUUACAAGAGUGGGAGGGACCAGAACUUCUACAGAAAUUCUUCCCCAGCGGUUCCACGGGCUUCGAUAAGGAAGGAUCUCCUAUUAUAAUAGUGCCAUUGAUAGGCCUCGACGUAUGGGGGAUGCUGCAUUCGUUAACCAAGUCUGACAUUAUUCGGAUGAUUCUGAAACAUUUAGAGCAUUACCUUGCAAUGUCUCAGAAGCAGUCAUUGACUCAUGGAUCGUCUGCUUUGCAGCUUACAGUGAUCUUCGACUUGGAAGACUUCAGUAUGAAGCAGUAUGCAUGGAAGCCGGCAGCAGAGAUGGUUUUCUCAUUGCUGCAAAUGUAUGAAGCCAACUAUCCAGAGAUACUUAAAAGAUGUUUCCUAGUAAACGCGCCAAAAGUAUUUUCACUCGCUUUCUCCGUGAUAAAGAAGUUCAUGCAUGAGAACACCAUAUCUAAAAUCAAGAUCUACAGCAGCGACACAAAGAAGUGGCAAGCGCAAGUGCUGACGCUCAUAGAUAAAGAACAAUUGCCGGUGCAUUAUGGAGGCACUAUGGUGGAUGACAACGGGGACCCGAGGUGCAGCCUCAUUGUGAAGCGUGGCGGUAAGGUGCCAAAGAGCUACUAUUUGAAGAAUUCCCAGAACGAAACGACAAAAGACUACAAACGAGUUACAAUAAAGACUGGGGAGAAGCAUUCAGUUGACUUGCUGUGUGAUUCCAAUAGCGUUUUAAAAUGGGAGUUCGGUAUUGACAGCCACGACAUAAAGUUCCUUAUAAAACGCACCAGCGAGGAAGGCACCGAGAGCAUUGUCCACGGACCCAGGAAGGUCUCCGAGGGCCCACUCGACAUCGGCGUGCUGCCUGUAACUGGACCUUCCACAUAUACUGUGAUAUUUGAUAACUCAGGCUCUUAUCUGCGAAGUAGAAAGGUGUUCUACGACGUUCUGAUCACGAUACCAACCAGAGACCUCAACAUCAGCGACGAGCCUGAUGACAGCAAUCCAGAGAAACCUGCCGCUUACCUGUAAUACCGCAAUUUUAUCGUUACAAAUUAUAUUAAGAAUUUUAAAUAACUAACAAUUAAAACAUCGAUUUCGUACGCAUGGAGGAGGUACAUUUGUAGAUCGGCAAUCUAUUGACGGUAAGCCAAACGUCAACAAUAAAUAAAUCCUGUUUACAACGCCAUCUAUGAUUUAAGUAAUGAAUUAGUAAAAAAAUUUGUGGCGCAUCGGAAUAUUUCCCAAAAUCAAUUAUUUCACCUGUUGGUGAAUAUUUUUGUCAUCUUCUUUCCUUUAGCCUAUAUGUUGAUAGACAUUUAACAAAAUAUGAAUCAACAUAUUCUUUGUAAAAAUUCAUCC